GUUCAGAAACGAUGGCAGAAGAAUUACCACCCGCGAUUCCGCAAUCGCAAGGAAGCUCCACGAAGAAACGGCCUCCGAAGAACGACAAAGUGUGGCUGGAGGACUAUCUCCACCUCCUUCAUUCUCGGCAACCGUUUCACCUAACAAUGAAUCAGCUUAACCAGGUCAUCCGCAUUCACGGCUUCAAGAAGAUCCACCACGCUCCCAAGAAGGUGCUGGUGGAGGCGGUGGAGUCGCUGGAUCUUGUAGAUGUGCCGCGUUCGACCCUGCGUGACAGCGUGUCGGCGUUUGCGGCUGUGGCACUGGAGGACGUGGUGGCGGAUUUGGCAGAGCUCAAAUGGCAAGAGUGCUGCGUAACCUCCGUCGAGAGAAUCAGUUUCUCCGAAGGCAAGAGCGUGUUGCCUGCUUCCUCCGAUGAGAGCUUCCGAGUUACGAGCCAGUGGAAGAGUAUGGACGAAGUCCGUAACCUAAUCCCUGAAGAUUCCCGGAGAAGCCUGAAACCGAUAAAAAUGGUGCCGAAGCGUAAGAGGCGUAAGGUUCCCGCUCCCGACUCUGUUGCCUCAACUGUAGAUUCCGCUUCUCUCGCUUCCUGCUGAGUCAAUGAACGAAAUUGGUCUAUAUACGAGUAAAACGUUAAAUAGGAGAAUGGAUAUGACACUAGAUAUGAAUAAGUUCCGAUGUCAGGAUACUAAACGUCUCUCACCAAAAUGGCAAGUGUUUUCCCUUUGAACUAUUAGCCUCCCACUGCCAUUUUAUAUUUGCUUUCUAUCUUUCACAUUUUAUAUGAAGGCUUGGAUAAUUUGCAGAUUGCACACUAUUAAUAUGUGAGGCUCAAAUUCAGAAGAUAAUGGCUAUAAAAGGCACUAUAAGAUGUUUGGAAUUGGUGUCUGGCCUUAGGUGAACUUUCACAAUAGUAAAAUAGGGGUGAUAGUCACAUCAAUCAUUGAGUACUCUUCUUCGAUUCUUAAUCUCAUCAUUAUGCAUUUACCAUUUACAUACCUUGGAAUAAAUGUGGAGGACAAUACGGAGAAAUUUAAGUUCUGGUAGCCAGUUUUGAACAAAGUUAAGAAAAUAUUAGCUAGAAGGAUAGGAAGAUACUUUACUUUUAUAGGAAGAGUGUGUUUAUUAAAAUCUAUUCUUACAGCAGUACCACUUUUUUACAUGUCACUCUUUAAAUUGCCAACUAAGGUAGGAGCUGAAAUUAGGAAAAUGUAAAGUACACUUUUGUAGGGAUGGGAGAAGGAAACUAGAAAGAUAGCAUGGGUUACAUGAGAGGAUGUUUGUGAGUGGUUUGAGUGGGAAAGGGUACAAGUUAAUAUAUAAAUUCAAGAAUUAGCAGGAAAGACUUUAAAUGAAGAAAAAGAGGAUAUGGAAUGAUACUGAAACGGUAAUAUACAGUAAAAUCGGCCUAUAUUAAAUUAUAAAAUAGCAGGGGAGGGGAGGAUACUGACAUGUUUAAGGAAUUUUGGAAAAUAAAAACACUUCCUACGACACAAUAUUUUUCUUAGAGAUUGAUAAUAAAGAAAAGACAAUUUAACCAAAAGAGGAAUUGCGAGAAGAGAUGAUUUUUGUCAUGUGUGGAUAAGUGGUGGAAACAUGUCAUUUGUUUUAUAUCUGCAAAAUAGCUAACCAAGUAUGUAACAGGCGCUUUUAACUGGAUAGAUAAUACAACUGUCUCCCUUUGUCAACCUAAAAGACAUUUUCAAAGUUUUAGUCAUCAACAAUUUAAUAACAAUUGAAGUAGAAUCUAAAAGAGUCUAUGGAUGGUCAUCAUUUGAACAUUGUACGCGCAUAGAAAAUCUGUCAUUUCUAGAAAUGGGAAAUGUCGAUGCAGAUGAAGUUUUUACUAUAGCAUAUAUGAAGGUGUGGACUUGGAUUAGAAUUUAGAAACAAGUAUCGCAACGUAAAUUUUCCUAUUCAGAUUGGUAUCUUGAUCCGGUUUGCUAUAUAAGAUCCAUAUUUAAAUCACACAAACCAAAAAGAUAAGCAAGGAGACAACCUGUAGUUUACAAAUUUGUGAAUUGGGGAGUUCACAUAUCAGUGAUAGAAAAUAUUAGGUGGAUAGAAAGUAGAAUCACAAUUCAAAAAAGGGAUUGCUGGAAUGAGUGAGGAACAUAAUAUAACUAAACUGGUUUUUUGGAGAAGGCUUGUUGGUUCUCGUUUUGUUUUCAGCACAAAGAAGAAUACAUAAAAAACUUAGAAAGAAAUCGAUUCAUAUUCGAUCAAAGGAUGGAAAUGUCAACGAACUAAUAUGGCCAUAUGGAAGCUUAGCUUCGUUACCAAGCCCAACAUAUUCAAUGGUCCACUGAUAAGGACAACUGUUGAAAGACUAUGCAAUAUAAACUUAACCAAAAUUUUGGGGGAAAGAUUGCAGGUGCAGUAAGAACAACUUGUGCAACAUCUGAGUAUCAUGAUGGUGUAGUAUCCUUGCUGUUGCAGCCACAGAACAACAUCUAAGACUAUAGAGCGGUGAUUUAAAUUAGUGGGAUUUAUCAGUACUGCUUCACACUAUUUUGAAGGGAGAUUAUGAUGUAUGCAUGGGUGAGAACCUUGGACAUAUACCCUUAGAUGCAAGAUGCAUAAUGAUUAGUCGUAAUCCAUUUAGAAGAGAAAAGGUUUCAAGUUAAGGUUUGUCGUGAGUUACGAUUGGGUGUACCAUUUUGAUUCCAUCGAAACAAUGUCCCUUCUCCAAAUUCAGUAUUAACAGAAAAUGGAGAAAGUUGCUCCAUUCUAGUGAUUAUGGUCGAAACAGUAUGUGUUAAUACAAGACUUGUAGAUGUAGGUCUCAAUGCAAUAGAUCGAUUUGCAUGUAUGAUUGUGUAUUCCUUGCAUUGUGACAUUCUUGUUACUAGUAGUUUCUGAAUUCUGAUUAUGAUUACUUUAAUUAGUAGAAAUUAUGAUUAUGUAAUCUCAUACAAACUUAGACUUACAUCUAAAACUAGAAAUAAUGUGAUUUGCAUAAAUGCAGACACACAAGUAUAUGAACAUAAUCAUACAAACGUACACGUAAUUAUAUAAUCACAGUUCCACCAAAUACUCUAAUUUGUUUUUGGCGGAAAUUAUUUGUGAGUUUUAAUUCAGCCAAAAAAAAAACUCCAAUUUGUAGAUUCGUUAUAUUUAGACCAACAAUUAUAAUGUUUCAAUUUAGGUGAUCGCAUAAACUAAUAAAGUUGUACGGGACAAUUAAUUUCAUUAGACAAUUCAUUAGGGGAAGGAUUAAAUUUAACCUUUAUAAUUGUUAAACAUCUUCACUGUUUCCAAAAGUCUCAAAAGACCUUAGCAUCAAUGACCUGUGUGAUAACGUUGUUUUUUACCUUUUAUUGAUGUUAAACAAUUUAUGUGAAUAAAAUCAACUCCUACAUUGUUUCGUAUUUUAGUUGUUUUAUGUUUUUUUACUUCUAAUCUCUAUUACGAGUGUGUGAAAUAAA